ACAUGGAAUCGUAUGUAGCAGCCCGGUUUUAGACCGUUACUAUUGGUACCUCUCAGUCAUCGUAGCCAGGGAAUAGACCCUAUCUCUGUCACGGAGUGCAGUUAUCUCUUCAAAACUUACAUGGUAUUUUACUAAUUACAUCACUGUGAUUUAUCAAAACAAACUCGUGGAACCAACAGAUAUUGUAUUGAUAACACGUGGAUCAUAUAAUUGUGGAAUUCUCGGACACGGAAUCAUGACACAGGGUAUCGCGGGCUCUCCCCCGCACGUGGCGGGAGUAUGAGAAGGUGGCGAAUGGUCAACAGUGUUGUCGUAUUGGGAUGUAAAGAGGUAUCCAGUGUCAGGCUGAGGUAUUGUGGACAGCCAUCUCUCGACAUGUGUAACUGGGGGUAGCUCAUCUAUGAAUAUCGCGUUAUCACCAGUUCUCCAUCAGGGUGAUCUUAUUGAGAUAGUUAUGAGUGAUUGUGAUUAUUUAUGAAUUUUUUUUGUAUGUAGUUCCUAUUGUACAUGGAGUCUAGUUUGGAAUGAGAAACGAAAAAACUAAUCAUUCGGUAAACAUGUAUAGAUUAACUUUGCUACUGAGUUUUCUAAGUUCCCAUUUUAUAAUGGCCUCCCCAUCCUACCUGAACAUGUUCCAACAACCCACAAACCCGGACCCCUGUUACGACGAUCGCGGAGAACCUACCCGGUGCGUACCCGAUUUCGUCAAUGCAGCGUUCGCGAAGGAGGUUUACGCGUCAAGCACGUGCGGGGCUCCCGCGAGUCAGUACUGUAAAUCAACACUAGGGAAGGACAGUGGCAUUAUUCGGAAUUGUUUUAUUUGUGAUGCUAAUCAUCCCAAGAGGCAGCAUCCUCCAUCUUAUCUAACCGAUUUGAAUAACCCCAACAAUGUAACGUGCUGGAUGUCCGACACAUAUGUCCAGUACCCUCAAAAUGUUACUCUCAAAUUAUCUUUAAACAAAAAAUAUGAAAUGACGUAUAUAAGUUUACAGUUUUGUUCUGCCAGACCUGCAUCAAUGGCCAUAUAUAAAAGUGUGGAUUACGGAAAUACAUGGGUACCAUUCCAAUAUUAUUCAAACGCAUGUAAAAAGAUGUAUUCCAAGUCGCCACGAGCGGUCAUAACUAAAGCUAAUGAGCAGGACGCCCUUUGUACGGAAGCAUACAGCGACAUCGAACCUCUGUCCGGAGCUAGAGUAGCCUUCAGCACACUGGAGGGCCGACCAUCGGCCUACGAUUUCGACAACAGCCCCAUCCUACAAGAUUGGGUGACAGCUACCGACAUCAUGGUUGUUUUCAGUAAACUGAAUACCUUCGGGGAUGAGAGUUCUAAUGAUGAAGCUGCUAGGAAGAGCUACUAUUACGCCUUGUCGGACUUCGCGGUCGGCGGAAGGUGCAAGUGCAACGGACAUGCCUCCAAGUGUAUCGAGAACCGAGAGGGUCGUCUGGAGUGUGACUGCAAACACAACACGGCAGGGUACGAUUGUGAGAAAUGUAAGGCCUUCCACUCCGACCGCCCGUGGGCUCGGGCCAAUAACAAGGAUGCUAACGAAUGUGUGGCAUGCAACUGCAACCUCCACGCCAGACAAUGUCGGUUCAAUAAGGAACUGUAUAUCUUAUCGGGUCAAAAGAGCGGAGGGGUUUGCAUCAAGUGUCGCCACAACACAGCUGGCAGAAAUUGUCAUUAUUGCAAAGAGGGCUUCUAUAGGGACUCGAGCAAGCUUAUUACACACAGAAAGGCUUGCAAAGGCUGUGACUGUCAUCCCGUCGGCGCCCUUGGCCGUACCUGUAAUCAAUCAACUGGACAGUGUCCAUGCAAGGAUGGGGUAACUGGUCUCACGUGCAAUAGAUGUGCAAAGGGAUACCAGCAGAGCAACUCGCCCAUCGCCCCGUGUAUAAGAACUGCCAACUCGACAUCGAACGAUUACAACAAAAAUAAGAUCCCUGUUUCGCCCACUCCAAGGCCCCGACCAGCCGUUUGUGGAAAAUGUAAAUCGAAGAACAAGAGAGUCAACAUUCGCAAGUAUUGCCGCCGAGAUUUUGCAAUCCAUGCCAACAUCCUGUCGAGAGAGACUGUUGGAGAUAUGGUCAGAUUUACAGUUCACGUCAUCAGCAUAUACAAACCAGACCCGAAACAGAACAGGCGAGGUGAAACAUACCUGUGGAUUCCUAAAAGAGACGUCAAGUGCAAAUGUCCGAAACUGCGGCUCAAUCGUCAAUAUCUUCUUAUUGGUAAACACCGGAGGCGGAACAAUCGUACCGGAUAUGAUGUCGACCGGAAGACUAUUGUCAUCCGCUGGAAGGAUAGGUGGCAACGACGUCUCCGAAGAUUCACGAAACACCAACGGAAAGGCAAAUGUAGGUCUAAAAGUUCUCUGAGGAAAAAGAGAAAUUAAGUUGAUGAAACGAUAUGUGAAAUGUAUUUCGUUUCAAUUGGAUUAUAGAAAAAAAUAUAUAUGGACGCAUUUGGAAAAGGAGGAUAUGUCAGUAAAUGUUAUUCAGUAUUGAAUCAUGACAUGCUAUUCCAUAAAGACAAUGCUAUCAUGUGUUGAUGAACGGAUUUGAAAUCAACCAAGUGUAACGGGUAACGCAUUACACAAACUUCAAUGGUGUUCAAUAGAAUUGCCAUUUACAAAGUACCUGGCGGAAAAUGAUAAUGAGCCAAUGUGUGUUGUUUACUAAAACCGAAGUGUUUUUGUGACGUCAGAUUUUCGCUGUGUCUCUGGAAAAUGCAGUCGUUACUUUAUCUGUACUCAGCACAUUUAAACAAAGGGUUCGGGAAGGCACGUCUGGCAGAAUGCCUUUAGUGAAUCUAGAACGCUGUCAGUUAGGUCAAGCGGAAAUGAAGAUUUUUUUAAUGUGUGAAUAUAUAUGUAUAACAGUUUGAAAACAUAUAGUAUAUUUUCAUACAUGUGUUUACAAGGGCAAUAGCUCCUGCGAUGUCGAAUCGAUCCCAUUUUUAUUUAUAAAAUGGAAAAGUGUCGAUUAUAAUAUGAAUUUUAUCGUGUUUGACAUUUGUAUAAACAUUGUGACACUUAAUGUCAUUCAAUCGGACAUAUGUUUGUGUUGUAACCGUCUUGAUACCCGUUCUUCGUUCCAGUAUACACGUUAAUAUUUGUAUAGUAUUUGAUAUAUGUAUAUAGAUAAUUUAAGCGUUAUAUUUUACUGUUCAUGAAAUCUGUUUAAAUGUUUCUGUUAUAAUAACGAUCUAAUAUUGACGCUGUGUCAGUAGAUUACCUACAUUUGUGUGUAAGGAAUCACCAUAUCAUAACAUUACCAACUAUCAUGUCCCUGGGACAAGCCUUUGAUAUUAUCGGUCUAGUAUAUUUGCCAGUAUGACGUAAAUGUUUUAUUAUUGAAACAUUUCAUACAGCAGAAAGAUGUUUCGAAUCACCAUUGGAACACACGACAAGAAACCAAGUUUUGGAAAUUAUAUGGCCGUGUUCGGGAGAAUACAAAGUUUUGUCAGGUUCAAUGAAAUCAUUAAAGAUAAAACUGUUAUAGAUAACUUAUUGAUUAGGCUGGGUUCUCAAAAUGUCACUGGACGUCCUUAAUUUAGUUGUAACUUGUUGAUAUCAGAUUGCUAAUAGGAUGUCAGUAACUUGUGUGGUAAUGAUUUCACGAUAUUAAAUUCAGAUUGAGAUGUCUUGCUUUUGAACCAAUACAAUACAGUAGAAUGAUAGAUACUUUUCAUUGACUUGGUUUUUAUUUAGAUGUUCCGAUGAUGUACAUAAACACUAUGCUGUUCCUUUAUACCACAUUCUAAUGUUCAUCAGAUCUAUUGAUAAUCUGAAAACACUACUGUAUGAUUAUAGAAUUGACAUUUCGUCUAUCAGGACUAUAUGUAUCCGGUAUUUAAUUUGUCCUGAGUUUGUGAAUCUGACAUCUAAUAUGUCCGGACUAUGACUACCUGGCACUUACUCUGUUCGGAUUAUGUGUGCCCGGUAUUCAUCUGUUCGGGCCAUACAUACCCGACUGUUAAUUUGUCUGGAUUAUGUGUGUCAGACAUUAAGAACGUCCGGAUUGUGUGUAUCCGGUAUUCGAUAUGUCUUUACUAUUCGUUGAUGUACGUAUAGGGCAAAAACCGUCCGGAGUACGUGUACUGAAUUGUCGACUUGUCUGUAGCUAAUGUGUCAGCACUAGACCCGUCCGGGGUAUAUCUACCGGGCUCCUGACACAUCCGGACUAUUCUACCCGUCUGGAGUAUAUCUACAGGGCACUUGACACGUCCGGAUUAUUCGACCCGUCCGGAGAUUAUGUAAUGAACUUUCGAUGAAUGAGUUUUUACACUAGAGUUUUAUCAUAUGGCAGUUUGAUAUGUUGGUCGUGCCCAUUGUCAAUCUUUAACAAACAAUUUAUGUAAAUCUUCAUCUAAAAUAAAUUGAAAUAAUCUGCUA